UUUUGGUCUCAUCUGUACAAAAAAUGGCACACGAGUAAUUGGACAUUAUUGGCAUGAAUUCACUUCGUAGAGGAUUGUAAUUUAUUUUUUUUUAUUCCAGAAUGAGAGUCCUCGUGUUAUUAUGCGUCAUUGCGGUGGCAGGAGUAGCGUUAGCGCGGCCUGAAGACAAAUACACCGAUCGAUUCGACAGCAUAAACAUCCAAGAGAUAUUGAAGAACCGGCGGCUCUUGGUGCCGUACGUACAUUGUGCCCUGGACAAGGGGAAAUGCACGCCCGAGGGUAAAGAGUUAAAAUCUCACAUAAAAGAAGCGUUGGAGACCCGUUGCGCUAAGUGUACCGAAGCUCAAGUGCGUGGGACCCGCCUCGUCAUAGGUCAUCUCAUCAACCAUGAACAGGAAUUCUGGCAUCAACUCACGGCCAAAUAUGAUCCCGCCGGCCAAUACACCAAACGUUAUGAGCAAGAACUGAAGACUGCCCGUUAAAUGUGAAUAAUGAUCCGUACAUUGUUCAGAAUUCAAUUAUGUAACGCGGCAGCCAUAUAAGAUCCUAUAAUCGGAUGAUUAAUUCAUUGAUUUGUUAACUACCGCGUGCUGAUGCAGUACAAUGUUUGGAUUCUUUUAUAUAUCACUCGGAGACUUAUUUUUCGCCGCGCUUUUAUAGCCAAUCAUGUGCGAUACAGUGUCAAUGAUGUUAUAAAAUUUAUUAUUGCCAUAGUCAGUAAGUA